AUGGUGGGGUCGACUGGUGUCAGAGGUGGUGGUAGUGGUGGUGGCGGUGGCGGUUACUGUGCUGGGAUGGUGGCGGAGGAGAAAGGAACAGGUGGCACUGUCAAAAUCGAUCAUAAUCUCAAAUCAAUUGUUCCUCAAUCGAUACAAUACGCCGUUAUAACAGUUUCUUUUGUUUUAGGUUUCCUAAGGUCUUAUUCGCCCUCAUCAUUUUAUCCUGGUCAUUCAUGGUUACAGUUGUUGCACAGAAAGUACAAUGGGAAUUUCUUGGUUAAUAUGCUGGGAAAAUGGAAGGAAUUUGAAUACUUUGAGCAAUCUAUUCCAGUUGGUGGUCUUGCUUAUUAUGUUACUGCACCUUCUCAAGGGAAUGACUGA